AUGAGCGAGAAAGCAGACGACCCGACACCGAGCAAGCCGAGCGACAUUGGGCUCGCGGACGAGCCGGAGCCGCCCAUCCCUCCGUCUUCGGCUGCCUCUUCUGGCCCCUCCACCUCCAAUCCCUCUCAGCCCGCUCCCUCCACUUCUACUGCUUCUGCCGCUGCCGACGUUCCCGAGCCCGAAGUCGAGGAAGAGACGACCCCGACAGCGACGAAUCCCGCCCCUCCCUCCGUCGAAGUGGAGCAGGUGGACAUCACGGAAGAUCCCGAGGACACCGUCUCGGGAAAUGGGCAGCAGGUCAAGGCCAGCUUCCGGAGCGCGAGCUGGAAGUCGGUCACACCCGAGUUCACGGCCCCGCUGCCGUUCCAGAGCAUGAUCAUUAUUGAGGAGUUCGACGUUGAGGGUGCUCAGUGGAGUGGAAAGGCUUGGCAGAUGGUCACUACCACGGCGACAGACCCGACGUCGUGGUUCUACUCUGGCGAGCUCGUAUUUCAGGGCACGAUCCGGGGCCGAAAGGGCAAGUGCAUCUUCCGCUCGACUGGAAGCGUGAGCACAGCAGACGGCCUGGACGGCACGCUCGAGCUCAUCCCCGAGACUGCUUCCGACGAGCUCGCCGGCCUCAGGGCCACGAGCACCUGCAAGGAGAAGGAGGUCGCCCCCCACCUUCCGAUCCGGUACACGCUGACUCUUGUCUAA